AAAUGUGAAAAGUCAAGUUACUUCUAAAAAUAUAUUCCACGAUAUAUAGAUCACUUAUUAUUCAAUACGUGUCAUUGUAAAAUGAUAAAUUCUUGAGUUUUGCACUGUAAAUCAGUAUCAGUGUGUUUAUAUUUUUAACCUACAAUAAAAAUUAAACAUGGCAAGGUCGCCGACUGAUGAUUUAAGAUUCGGCGACAUACCGCUCAAUAGUUGGAAUUUCUGCACGGAAACAGGUGACAACAAUCAACCUGCUCCAAUGAACGAGAGAAAACCCACGCCGAUCCCAAGCAAUACCGCCACAAUGGCAGAAAAUAACAUUUACAACACUCCAAACUACAGCAAAGAUGUUUAUCUAAAUAAACAUCAUUUUAAUGUUCAAACUAACGAAUGCAUUGGAAAUAAAGAAGAAAACUGUUCGUAUAAUGUACCUAAUGGUUCAAUAGGUAACGCAAACUAUGGUAAUGCGAUGCUUAAGCUAGAUAAUGGCCAGCUGGUAAGAGUGUUCUAUGAUGAAAACAAUCAACAACUUAUCUUCCCUAAAUCUGGGCAGUACGAAUUGUUUAACAACAACCAGGGACUAUGUGAUAUGUCGAUGCAACAACACAACUUAUUUAAUAUGAAUCAAGAUUUUUCUGUCCCUAACAAUGUUCAUAUUCCCCCUCCUACUAAUGUACCGAGUAACUCAUUUUGUCAAGAAAAUAUGAAUGUGCAGUCAAAUAUGCAAACAUCAAACUUCAUAAAAGAAGUGAUAGGUAACUGGGAGCCAAACUCAUCAGGCACAUAUUCACCAUUUGGACAAAAUUAUCCACUGAAACAUCCUGAAGCACCAUCUUUAAAUAUUUUACCAAACAACACUAUAUUGGAUCCAAUUACUCAAUCACUGAAGUCGGAGAGCUCACCGAAGAGAAAUGAGAAUAGUCCUUUGGCUGAUACAAGUAACAAGAAGCGCAUUGUUGCAGAGGUAAAGCCAAUGCGACCCUCAUACUCAGAUGUGCUCGCUAAAAAUACUAAAAACAACCCCCAACCCGAAAAUACUAGAAAAGUAAAACCACAAGGUGUUGAAAAUAAAAAUAAACUAAGUUCCAAAAAUGAUAAGCCCCUUACUAAUGCAAAGUGUAAUGAUGAUAAGCAUAAAAUUGAUAAAAAACAAGCAAACACUGUAUCCUCUGGCAGUGAAUCAGGAGACAUCAAUGCAGAUGAUACAGACAGAAACAAAAAGGCAAACAAGAAGUCGAAAAACAAACGUAGUAAUAUGACUCGCAGAUGGUCAUCUCUUGAUGACUUAAAUGAUGAAAACGGAAUGAAAUUUGAAAAAUCUAAUGAAAGUCAAUUUGUCUUCAUACAAAACAACAGUGAUAAAUCUCAUAAAAAAGAUAAGAAAGAAAACAAAACAAAGAAUGUGGAGAAGAGUAACAUUGAAAAUGAUUUCAAGAUAGAUGAUGAUGAAGAUGAUCAGUCACAAUUCAUCCUGCACAAUGGCCAAACUGAAACAGCUAAAGUGAAGAAGAGAAAAGAGGGUCGGAGUUAUCACAAAACACCAAAACCAGCUCAGGAUAAAAAGAAACCGAACCAGAACAAAUUCAGAAGGAACAAGCCUGGCUACUUGGGUUUGGCUCAGAACUGGCUGGAGCAUUGGGCUGAUGUGACUUGGAAGGCAAUUGUAUGGUUCUUCUAUCUGCUUUCUGAUAUAUGUGGCAUGAGUUUACAUCUAUCUUUUGACCUCUGCACAUCAGCAUUUACCCAGACAUACAUGAGCUCACAGGCGGUGUGGCGCAGCAGUAAGGACUGGCUCUCCAAGAUGGCAGAUAACAAGUUCCUACUCUACAUUGACAGGAAACUCGGACACACAUACUUUGGAUUUUGGAGAAAACUUAAAUGGUUCAAGAAAGAAACAGAAAUUGAAACAAACAGCAAUGCAACUAAAUUGAACACAAACAUACCAUUGCCUGCCACUGGGGAAGAAGCUAUGAAAAGAUUACUUGCUUGUAAAGGAAAAGACCCAUACAGUAUCUUAGGUGUGAGCGUGACAUGCUCCGACGAAGACAUAAAGAGAUACUACAGGAGACAGGCGUUCCUCGUGCACCCUGACAAGAACCCUCAGCCCGGUGCCGAAGAGGCCUUCAAGAUACUGCAGCACGCGUUCGACCUCAUAGGGGAACCGGAAUUAAGAGAAGCGUAUGAGCGUCACGCGCUCGAAUCUCGGCACGUGGAAGCCGCUUGGAGUGAGCUCAGUCAGCUGCUGACACAGUUGCAAGACAAAAUGGAAUUUGCUGCUAACACAAUAAGAUGUACGAACUGCGGACGACGACACAAGCGCGUACUGACAGACAGGCCGUGUUACGCCGCCCGCUACUGUGCGCAGUGCAAGAUCCGACACUCCGCUAAAGAGGGUGACAUCUGGGCGGAGUCCAGUCUGAUGGGUCUGCUGGUGAUGUACUACGCGUGUAUGGACGGUGGUGUCUACCAGAUCACGCAGUGGGCCAGCUGUCAGAAGAAGAAUCUAAAGCAGCUGCGCCCGGACUGGCAUGUGGUGCAGUACCGCAUUGUGUUGGGCAACAAGGCUGCCGACGUCCACCAUUCCCCCGCCGCCGCGCCCACUGGUCACGAUCCUAACUUGGAAGAAUUCUUAAACAACUUGUACAGUAAGUCUGGGGCUUCAGCCAACAAUGCGAGCAAACCCGCGGACGUAGACAAGCGACGUCGCGCGCGCAAACAAAAGCCUUAAACAUAACACUCCAAUUUUAUGGAUGCUUAAUACAGAUUAUGUUAUUUCAUUUUUAAUUACACUAACUUAGUGAUAACUUAAUGUGCCGGAGUAAAAAAAGUUUGUUGUGAGAUUG